CCCCGUCAGGCCCAAUUGUGGCCGAGGGAAACAGCGGAUGGCCCAGAGGAGACUUCACGCAGCUGAGGGGCUGGGUGGGCCCUGCGGCCUAGUCUGUAUCACACUCUAGGCGGGCGAAGCGGCGGCCCACCGUGGGGCGGGCCUGCGGCGGACUGGCUGGUGCACUAGGCUCGCGAGAUCCAGCACAGGUCAGACGUGAAGGAGCCGCUUUCAGAGCGCCUUUCUGGUUCUCGCGAGAGGACGGCGUCCCCAGAGACCCGGCGCUCUGGGCGGGGGCCGACCGGCCACCCUCAGGCGGACCCCUGUGUUUUGCAAGUAUAUAAGCUUGAUAGUAAAGACUCGGUUUUCAUCCCAAUUGAUCCGCCCACAUAAAUUUUCUUUUGGCUCCCAAUUUUAUGUUACAAUGAAACGAAAGCGUCGUAGAUAAGGAAGACACAACUUACCUCUUACCUGAAAAUGACAUCUUCCAAGAAAUGUAUGAAAGCAACAAGCUUUAGAACUAGCUUUGGACCGAGCAGAGUAUGUCAUUGAAAGUGCUCGACAGAGACCUCCUAAAAGGAAAUACCUGUCAAGUGGAAGAAAAUCUGUAUUUCAAAAACUUUAUGACUUAUAUAUUGAGGAAUGUGAAAAGGAACCUGAGGUUAAGAAAUUAAGAAGAAAUGUGAACUUGUUAGAGAAGCUUGUUAUGCAAGAGACUUUAUCAUGUUUAGUGGUCAAUCUAUAUCCAGGAAAUGAGGGAUAUUCUCUGAUGCUCAGGGGGAAAAAUGGAUCAGAUUCUGAGACAAUUCGACUGCCUUAUGAAGAAGGGGAAUUGCUUGAAUACUUAGAUGCAGAAGAAUUGCCUCCUAUUUUGGUUGAUCUCCUAGAAAAAUCUCAGGUUAAUAUUUUCCAUUGUGGAUGUGUCAUAGCGGAAAUACGUGACUAUAGGCAGUCCAGUAAUAUGAAAUCUCCUGGUUACCAAAGUAGGCACAUUCUCUUACGUCCAACCAUGCAGACUUUAAUCUGUGAUGUUCAUUCAAUAACAAGUGAUAAUCAUAAAUGGACCCAGGAAGAUAAGCUUCUGCUUGAGAGCCAGCUGAUUCUAGCUACAGCGGAACCACUGUGUCUUGAUCCUUCCAUAGCAGUAACCUGCACAGCAAACAGACUGCUCUAUAACAGGCAAAAGAUGAAUACUCGCCCUAUGAAACGGUGUUUCAAGAGAUAUUCCAGGUCUUCUUUGAAUCGGCAGCAAGAUCUAUCUCAUGGUCCACCUCCUCCUCAGCUGAAAUUACUUGAUUUCUUACAAAAACGAAAGGAAAGGAAAGCAGGUCAGCAUUAUGACCUGAAAAUUUCUAAAGCAGGAAAUUGUGUAGAUAUGUGGAAACGGAGUCCCUGUAAUUUGUCCAUACCUUCUGAAGUGGAUGUGGAGAAAUAUGCUAAAGUGGAAAAAUCUAUCAAAUCUGAUGACUCACAGCCAACAGUCUGGCCAGCCCAUGAUGUAAAAGAUGACUAUGUAUUUGAAUAUGAAGCUGGUAAUCAGUGUCAGAAAACAAAGCUCACCAUCUUGCAGUCACUUGGUGAUCCACUUUAUUAUGGUAAAAUCCAACCAUAUAAAGGAGAUGAAGAAAGUGACAGCCAGAUGUCUCCAUCCCACUCCUUCACAGAUGAUCAUUCAAAUUGGUUCAUUAUUGGGUCAAAAACUGAUGCUGAGAGGGUUGUUAAUCAGUACCAGGAAUUGGUCCAGAAUGAAGCCAAAUGUCCAGUCAAGAUGUCACACAGCUCUAGUGGCUCUGCCAGUCUAAACCAGCUUUCUCCUGGGAAAGAAACAGAACAGGCAGAGACUGUGUCGGUUCAGUCUUCAGUAUUGGGGAAGGGGGUAAAACAUCGACCUCCACCCAUCAAACUUCCCUCAAGCUCAGGGAAUAGUUCCUCAGGUAACUAUUUCACACCACAACAAGCCAGUAGCUUUCUUAAAUCUCCAACUCCUCCUCCUUCUUCUAAGCCACCAAGUCUUUCUCGAAAGUCAUCAGUGGAUCUCAAUCAAGUUAGUAUGCUUUCUCCAGCUGCCCUGUCACCUGCCAGCUCAUCACAAAGAACCACGGCCACCCAGGUCAUGGCAAACUCUGCUGGAUUUAACUUCAUCAAUGUAGUGGGCUCUGUUUGUGGAGCCCAGGCUUUGAUGACUGGUUCAAACCCCAUGCUGGGCUGUAACACUGGUGCCAUAACUCCUACAGGAGUAAACCUGAGCGGCCUUCUCCCCUCAGGGAGUCUGCUACCAAAUGCAUUGCCCAGUGCUGUGCAGGCAGCUUCUCAAGCAGGUGUUCCAUUUGGUUUAAAAAAUACUUCAAGUGUGCGGCCUUUAAAUCUACUCCAGCUUCCUGGUGGUUCGCUUAUCUUUAACACCCUGCAGCAGCAGCAGCAGCAGCAGCAGCAGCAGCAGCAGCAGCAGCUCUCUCAGUUUGCACCACAGCAGCCUCUGCAGGCCACAGCUUCUGGUCUUCAACAGCCAGGGGAGCAGAGUUCAGAACAAGGUUCAGCUAGUCAAGAACAGGCCUUAUCUGCUCAGCAUCCUGCUGUUAUUAACCUCACUGGAGUAGGAGGCUUUAUGCAGUCACAGGCAGCUGUGUUGUCUCAGCUUGGCUCUGCCGAGAACACACCUGAGCAAAGCCUCCCUCAGCAGAGACUCCAGCUCUCCUCUGCCUUUCAGCAGCAGCAGCAGCAGCAGAUCCAACAGUUGCGAUUCUUGCAGCAUCAAAUGGCUAUGGCGGCGGCAGCAGCACAAACAGCUCAGCUACAUCAUCGACAUACAGGCAACCAGUCAAAAAGUAAAAUGAAGAGAGGCACUCCAACCACUCCCAAAUUCUGAGUUUUCUUUUUUCUUUCUCUCUCUUAAAAUCCCAGGAGCAUUGAAUCAAAAGAGUUGAGUUUUUACUUCAUCUUGUUUUUUACGUGUAUAUUUUACACUGCUAAAUGAACAAACUUUAUACAAAAGUACAACCCUAUGAUUUUUAAAUAAAAACAGGGAAAGAGUUCAAUGAACUAUUAAUAGUUUAAAGAACUAGGUUGGUUUGCUUAAGUCAUUGCUUUUUAAAAUGGUUUUACUGUACAUAAUAUAUAUAUGGACGCGACCUAAGAAAUAUUAGAAACAUCUUUUCAGAAGAGUGUAGUUUGAUAUUUAUUUAGUAUAAAAAGUUUGUGCACAGUCUAACAAAUACAGUUUUUACAAAUCUG